GCGGCGCGAGAGGAGGGGGAACGCCUGAUGCCAGGAUAGGAUUUCCCGGGGACGGCCUUCGCGGGGGCACCUCGUCUCCUCCGCUUGCCGCCUGGGUUUGUCCGGGGGAUCUGGUGAGCUCCUAAGAGUCUUCCCGGGAGAGAGGAUUUCAACCUAGAAAGUUUUGCUUUGGUCUUCUGCAUGGCUCAAGAUGAGAAGAAAGAAUGUGCUCCAGAACUUCAAGUUUCUGAGGAACAGGCAAAUGGAAAAGACAAUCAAGGUGGUUGGAAAGUGAAGGAAGAAGUGAUGUUUCUUUCAGAGGCAGUACCUGCAGGAAGUGGAGCAACCUGCAGAAGACCGGAGGAACCACAAGUAAUCCCCCCGCCACUUAGACGUGGAUGCAGGAGAUCUCACAUGCCAGCCUCAGGAGCUUGUGUCCAUGCGCCGGGCACUAUAGGGUCCCCAUCAGUCCCCACUUCAACCCGGCACGUGUCCAAGAAGCCAUUCCAUUGCAUUGAUUGUGGGAAGAGCUUCUCGCAGAGCUCCAACCUGAUAGAGCACCAGAGAAUCCACACAGGAGAGCGCCCGUUCACCUGCAGCGAGUGCGAGAAGUGCUUCAGCCGCAGCAGCACCCUCGUCGAGCACCAGCGCACUCACACGGGCGAAAAGCCUUACCGAUGCACAGAGUGCGGGCGGGGUUUUAGUCGUAGCUCCACCCUCACCGAGCAUCAGCGCACCCACACGGGGGAAACACCCUUCCCAUGCCGGGAGUGCGGGAAAGCCUUCAGCCGCACCUCCAACCUCAUGAAACACUUGCGCACCCACUCGGGCGAGAAGCCCUACACGUGCACGCUGUGCGGGAAGCGCUUCUCCCUCAGCUCCAACCUCCUUAAGCAUGAGCGUACACACUCGGGAGAGAAGCCCUUCCCCUGUGCCCUUUGUACAAAACGCUUCAAGAAAAAGACUCACCUGGUGUCCCACCAUCGUGUCCACACAGGGGAGCGGCCCUACCGGUGUGAGGAGUGUGGGAAGUGCUUUUCCCAGAGCUCAAUCCUGGUAGAACACCAGAGGAUCCAUACAGGAGAGAAGCCUUACAAAUGUGCAGAUUGCAGGAAGAGCUUCUGUGUGAGCUCAAACCUUAUCAAGCACCAGAGAAUUCACACAGGAGAGAAACCGUAUACCUGCUCCAUCUGUGGGAAGGCCUUUCGCUACAAGCCCCAGUUUACUCGUCACCAGAAACAGACGCCAGUGGACAAGCCCUACCAUUGUACUGAGUGUGGGAAGAGUUUUUCACAAAGCUCUGUGCUCAUCGAACACCAGAGGAUCCACACCGGGGAGAGGCCGUUUGUGUGCAACGUGUGCGGGAAACGCUUCUCUCAAAGCUCCACUCUGAUGGGGCAUCAGAGAAUCCACACAGGCGAGAAACCUUUUGCCUGCCCCGAAUGUGGACGGGGCUUCAGCCGGAGUUCUGCUCUGACAGAACAUCAGCGCACCCACACGGGAGAGACGCCUUUCCCGUGCCAGGAGUGCGGGAAGGCCUUCAGCCGCACCUCCAACCUCGUGAAGCACCUGCGCACCCACUCGGGCGAGAAGCCCUACACGUGCACGCUGUGCGGGAAGCGCUUCUCCCUGAGCUCCAACCUGCUCAAGCACGAGCGCACCCAUUCGGGGGAGAAGCCCUUCCCCUGUCCCCUCUGUGGCAAAUGCUUCAAGAAAAAGACCCACCUGGUGUCCCACAAUCGGGUGCACACCGGGGAGCGGCCCUAUCGGUGUGAGGAGUGUGGGAAGUGCUUCUCGCAAAGCUCGUCCCUAAUAGAGCACCAGAGAAUCCAUACGGGAGAGAAACCUUACAAAUGUCCCCAGUGUGGCCGAGGGUUCUAUGUCAACUCCAAACUGGUGAAACAUCAAAGAAUACACACGGGGGAGAAACCCUACGCUUGUUCUGCCUGUGGGAAAACUUUCCGAUAUAAGCAGCAAUUUCCCCGACACGUGGCUCACGUCCAUCCUGGGGAGGAUCAGGUUUCUGUGCUUACCUUGAGCACCGGUGUUACCUUGGGCACUAGUGUUAAUAUUCUACUCUCAUAGAGCCUAAAAGAGUCCUUGGUUUGUAGGCUUCUGUUCUCCUGGAAGUGGUUUCCAUUGAAAGGCAUAAACGGUGCCAAAUUUGUUAGGUCCUUAAACUAUCCAAUAUACAGUAGCAUCUUGUUGGUGAAUUAUUAAGCAGUUUGUGGAAUCUCUCUCACACAGUUCUGCUGUCAGGAUUCCUUUAUUAUAUUUACAUUAUUUUAUGAGGGGGGAAGAAACCCAGAUCUGUUCACUACACAUGCUGUGACUUGCCCCUUUAUUGAGGUAUUUAUGGUAAAAAUGCGCUGAUUUCUUCCCUGUGGGUGUGAGGGAUAAAAUCAUGGAUCAUCCAGCCUGAGGUGUAAAAUCGUGGGUCAGGUAGAUGGCCAUGGCCUGAGAAUUAGGGAAUAGAGUGACUCUGCAGAUGUUUAUCCUUGAAGUUUUUAACCAGAAUAAAUUUUACAUAGCUACUCUUGGUUCUCCUCAGUCAUUAUUUUUCAGAAACCUAAUUAAUCAACAGAAAUGUUAUUGUUAGGCAACUGGGAAUCAGAAAGCCUUGAUAACUGACUAUAGAUUUUGAAGAGCCACUUGUGGUCCUCGGUUUACCUUCCUCCCACUCGUGGUAUCAUCCUCCAGCCUUUUCGUUUUGUUUUGAGAAAGGCAAAUUUUUUUGUAAAGAUCUUGCUGUUUUAAUUUUCAGCGUUGAUGGAGAAGACAUACAAAUACAUCUUUUCUGGGUGUUCCCUUUUUUUCUUUAGGAAAGGCAAAAUAAUAUUGUGAGGUUAUUUUUAUUACAAUAUUUGCAGUUUUAUCUACGAAACAGCCAAUCAGUCCUUCAGAAGGGAUGGUUCUUGGAAUCCAUGCUGUGGUUUUACUCAGUUCAUUCAUCAUACCAACUAGAAACUAAAGUACAAACUGGGUUGGAUUUAAAACUCCACAUGGUAUCAUAAUGGCCCCUAAUUUUUGAUUCGAGACAAUCCCAGCAAAUCAGAAUUGGCUCUUUAAGGCAUAGAUCUUUUUUCAGAACAAGGACAAUUUGACUAUUAUUGAGAUUUUCAAAGUAAUUAUGGCUGCAAAUGCUGCCUGACAGCUGGUUCCUUGUGAAAUGGAAUCCAUCUUAAUAGACCAUCCUUUUAAACUUUACAGUGCCUUACUGGCUAUCCAGAACUCUAUAGUAUUAAUCACUUGGGAGUAAUUAUUUCCUCAGUUGACUAUUUACUCCCCAGUUUGCAUCAAAUUAGGCACAAAUCAAAUCAAAUACCAGCAACUCCGUGAGCUCAAGGCCUCAAAGCCUGGUGGGGAAUCACCUGUUUUCAGUGGGGAGUUGUCUUUUUGCUGUUGUUCAGCUAGCUGGGGUGAUUCCCCAAAUUAGAUUUGCUGUAAUUUCCUUUUGUUCUGCUGUGUGUAAUCAUCUGAUCCAAAGGCAAAGUGGUGGUUGUCUCCAGACAAUGUGUUUCUAAAACUUUUUUAAAAACAGCUUUCAGGUUAGCACUGCAGUAGACUAUCACUAUGUCACUUUGGAAAAAUUAGUGUUAAAGAAUAGAAGCGGAAAUUGCCAAAAGCAGCUUCUGCGCCUGCUUUUGGAGCUCUGUGCAAACACAGCUUUGUGAUCUCGAUGCCUACAGUGAUCUCACCUGCAGAAACUAGCAGGGACCCCCUUUGAAAAACUGUGGAUCACAGGAGAUCAAAGUGUGUUUUCACCACUGUGUAGUCGCAGCCUUGUUAGUCUCGCCUAACAAUCUGUGCUCAAUACUGUGCUUAGAUAUCUGGCUGCAGAGAUGGGUUGGGAGUCCGAUUCCCCACUGUGCCUCCUUGACAGGGACUGGACUCAGUGAUCCAUAGGGUCCCUUCCAGUUUUAUAGUCCUAAGAUGAUUUUUAUAUUAUAUACACUCCAGGUUCUGUUUGGUGCAAGCAAAACAGUGAUGUAUAGCGCUACAACAGUUCACUUGGAGAGGGGCGCUUAAAGUAUUGCCACCCUAGCGAGUUACUAAAGUGCCCAAAUAUAUUUAUUACCGCCUUCAGAUAUUGUUGGACACCUACACUUUUGUAUUUCUGUAACAUUAAAAUCCUGGCUCUGUUUACAUUACCAAGAGAAUAUACUGUAUUUUUCCAUGUAUAAGAUGCUACUUCUAAAAUCAUUACACUAAAAAUUGAGGGUCAUCUUAU